AUGACGGUAGCAGAUUCCCCUGGCCUUGGUGUCGACACAACCAUUCAUAUUUGUGUUCACGGCAUCUGCUCUACCUCUGCUCACGACGAACUACCAGCGGGGGCCAAUUACAUGCCCCCGGAUGCGAUAGGCUGGGUAACUGACGAUAAAAAUGAGGAUAGAAAGGUAUAUGCCCUGAAGGACUGUUGGGUAGAUGAGAGAAACCUAGAUAAUGAAGCAAAGAUUCUCAAGGCGGUCGAAGGUGUUUCAAAUGUCGUCCGGCUCGUGGGACACUGGGACGUCCAGUAUGAUGGGUGUAGUGACUCCACGUCGAAGAUUCGUGACCACCUUCGUGAAUCGCUAACGAGCUUCACGUCCGUCGCCGAACUGGUCAAGGUUUUUCUUGCCCUUGUGGUCGCCCACAAAACAAUGGUCACCGAGCGGAAUGUUUUACAUGGAGACAUUAGCCCUAACAAUAUCGACAUCCACGAAGGAAAAGGCUACUUGCUUGACUUUGACCACGCGAAAUUCGUCGAAAAUAGCCGAGUAGCCACUUUACCAUGCAUAUCCUGGUGCCUUCUCAAGCUCAUGCGGGAUAAUCCGACUCCGGAGUUGAUUGACCGCAAGACCUCCGACGACCUGGAGUCACUGUUUUGCAUUUUCCUCGAGUUUGUCGCUAAAUAUGGGGGGUCCGGGGGCUCAUUAACGGACGAAGGACAGCCCUCUGUCAACACCCGCAGAUGGAACGACGGCCUUGCGACAUUGGACGAUCGGAUUGGUAUCUACACCAGCGGUUUAUUGAAGGAAGACUUUCAGCAGACAAGUCCAACUUACGAACCGGCGCCGUACUUUAAAGUGUGCCGUCCCUUCCUUGAAGAGUGGCGCAAGGCAAUUAGAGAUGCAAUGAGGAACGGAAGGGACGUCUCUCAUCACCAAAAUUUCCAGAUCAUCAAACUGGGCCUGAAUAACAUUGAGAACUUUCCGAUAUCACCUCCUGCAUCUUCAUCACCACCAUCUGUUGUCUCGUCAAAACUUCCUCCCCCUGCUUCUCCAGCGGUGGUCCAGGAUCCUGCUCUUCGACCUCGUCGAUCCGGGUAG